CACUGUAAAACGGGACCCUCCUGUAUACAUAUUACUGUUUUCCCAUUCAGGUGCUGGACGGUUUGGCAAAGUGUACACAGCCGUAAACAAUAACACAGGAGAGCUGAUGGCCAUGAAGAUUCUUCCACUGCAACCCAAUGAUCACCGCUCUAUACGACGCAUGGCUGAUGAACUGCGCAUCUUUGAGGGUAUCCAUCACACGCAUCUUGUCCAGUGUUAUGGUGUUGAAAUACACAAUGAUGAGAUGCUAAUGUUUAUGGAAUAUUGUGAUGAAGGCACUCUUGAGAGCUUAGCUGUAAGCACAGAAACUGGUCUUCCUGAAGAAAGCGUACGAAAGUAUACAAGGCAGCUGUUGGAGGCAGUUAAUGCAUUACAUGAACAGGGCAUUGUCCAUAGAGAUAUCAAAGGUGCCAAUAUCUUCCUGUCUGAUGAAGGCAAUACUUUGAAACUAGGAGAUUUUGGAUGUUCUGUCAGACUGCGUGGCCAUCAGACAGAAAUCGGAGAACUGGCUGGAAUAGUUGGCACACAUGCUUACAUGGCUCCUGAAAUUUUCCAGUCAAGUGAAGGCCAUGGUCGAGCAGCAGAUGUUUGGUCUGUGGGGUGUGUUGUUAUAGAGAUGUCAACUGGCAAGAGACCCUGGCCAGAAUAUGACAGCAGCGUGCAGAUAAUGUUCCGGGUAGGUAUGGGAGAGUCUCCAACUCUUCCCAAACAACUCUCAGAAGAGGGUCAUGAGUUCUUAGCUAGAUGCUUUGUUCAUGAUGCAAAAUCUCGGGCAACAGUUGCUCAGCUACUGGACCACACAUUUGUAAAGGUUGACACUGGAGAGGACUGUACAUCACUUCCUCUGUUCUCCCACACACCAUUUGUGCCUUACAUGAAACUUCUGUCCAAUACCUGAUUCACUUUGGAUUUUUAAUAAUACUUGAAAUAUUGAGAUGAUAUUCAUGUCUCAAGAAAAAGGCUUUAGGUAGCUAACGAUAAGUGUGUAUACAGUUUACUCUUAUUAUUCCUGAAAUAUGAAUAUUUAUAUAUAGUAUAUGAAAGCAUUUUAUUGUUUUCUCUGAGGGUUUAGCUCCUCACAGUAUUACCAGAUAUUGUACCAUUCAUAUAUAUUUAUAGAUACUGUACAGUCAAUCACUCAUUAUCUGGCUUUGAAGGGAGAGAGGGUGUGCAAAGUUUCUAAAAAAAAAUACCAGAUGAUGUAUUAGACUAAUAUUUUUUAUGAAUCAACCCCUUGAUGCCUACGAGGGGCUCUUCAUCAUAAUCCUUUUUACCAUUAAGUAUCUGUUUUAAGUGUUCUAUAUGUAAGAGUAAGGGGAUAGAAAGGGAGAUAUUGAGAAUACAUGGGUAGGGCAAUGACUUACAAACAUGGACUGUUUUAAACUUGAUUAAAUCUCAGUCUUAAACUGGUUUAUACUGACAUUCACAAGAAAAAUUAUUAGAAACAGAACAGUUAUGCGCAGGAAAUCCAAUGAACAUAUCUGGGACAAAAUGUCAGUGUCUUGGUCAUUUAGAGAGGAUAGAGUAAAAUAGGAUGACUAUGAGAGCCUGGCCCAUACCAUGAGGCCUGGUCUCAGACUGGGUCACAGGGACGUUGACCCCCGAAACCCUCUCCAGGUAAACUCCAGGUAAUGUAAGUCUGGGGUGGUGGGAAGGAGGAGUAAGGAGUCAUUCCUGGAAGGAUUGGCAGGAAGGAGUAAAGGAGGAUUUGAAUUCUAGGGGCUUAAAUAUCCAGCAGGCUUGUAUGUGUUAAAUAGGAUCGAAGGUAAGUGGUUUUUAUAAUUUAAUGUGCUAUUGGAGUAUGAGCAAAGUAACAUUUAUGGAGGGAUUCAGGGGAAACCAGUAAGCCAAACUUGAGCCAUCAAGGUGGGAAGGCAUUGCCUGCACUUUGAAGGAAGAGUGAGGAUGCUACAGUUCAGAGGUCACUUGGGCUGUGAUGUGAGCAUGCUUCUGGAGAGUAACUGAGUGAGUGAUGGUGAAAGUGUCUUUUUGUUUUUGGGUUAUCUUAGUGGAAGAUGGCCAGUGUGUUGACAAAACUUUUAUGUUAAAUUGGUUUAUGGCAACACAUGAUCAUAAGAGAAACCUAAAUGAAAGAAAAAUAAAACCACUGACUGCCAGUAUGCUUCAACAAAUAUAAAUUAUUUAAUUCAUGUUGAAAAUUUGAUUUAAAAAAUCUGAAAUAUCAUUUUCCCCCACAUUUUCAAUGAUAGAAAGAGGGAGGGAGGGAAGUACCGUUAUGUAAACAUUGCCACCAGCAGCAGCCCAACCUCACACGUGCAUUACUUUAUCACAAUAUAUGAGUUAACAACCAAACUGAUGCACACUGUGUAUGUAGUAGAUACUGUAUUGACAUUGUAUCCAGUUCCCUUUCAUUUGAACUCUGAUUAGGGGCUUGGUAUUAUCAUUUUUGGUUUGCUGUUUUUUGUUCAAUUUCUUCCAAAUUUUUUUGAAGAGUUUACAGGUGUGUGAAAAAUAGCCUAAAAAAUAAGUUUCAAGAAGAUUAGUGGAAUCACACAUAAUAGAAAGAAAUUGCAAUGUGGGAACACUUACCUGCUACUAUUCAAAUAUUUGCAAUGGCAAAAGCAGCUUUGUUACUGGUAUGUAACAGAGUAAUGGCAAAUCAAGUUUUUGUCAAAGAAAAAUUUUAUAAUCUACUUUUUUUUCCACCUACCCAAAAAAAAAAAAAAAAUUAAGUAGGGGAGAUGCAGAAUUUUUUAAAAAAUAUCUGCUCUAACCCCCACCUCCUCACAAAUGAAAAAAAAUCUGAGGACUAUUGCAAAUAUUUGCUCAUGGGCUUUUAAAAUAAUGACUACUGAAAGUGUAGUGUAAAAGCCAUUAUGACUGGUUCAUAAAUAAAACAUCCUUCAGUAAAUAACCAAAUAGCUCACCUUCAGGUUAUUUAAUCUUUUAAGGGUCGGUCCCAUAUAUGUAUGGCUUGAGAGCCAGUGUCGGUCCUGCAUUUAUAUGCCAAAAUUCUACGCCUUCAAAUCUGGUGGAAGAAAGCUGGUAGGCCUACAUAUGAAAGAAUGGGUCUACAUGGGCAGUGUGUGCAUUAUAAAAAAAAAUCCUGCAGCACGCAGUGCAUAAUGAGAAAAAAAAAAAAACGACAGUGUUUUUGGUUUAAAACUGACUGCAGUGUAUUUUCGUCUGAUUUUUAUGGUUGUAUUCUUGUUUUCUUAGUCUUGUAUGAUGGAAUGGAAGAUAUGUUACAGAAAUAGAGAUGAUUUUGAUUGGUUUCACAAUGAACAGUAUCUUGAAAUUGAGCUCAGAGUAGGCACAAGCAGUCUCAGCAACUCAUAGUUCACCAUGGCAUGUGGAGGUAUGAGCUCACAACACUAUAAAAUAUUGUAGAAUUGUACUAUUACUAUCAAUAAAGGCUAUCUAACUAUCAUAUUUAUUCCAGAAUAAUAUUAGGUAUAACAUAAAUAACAUAGAAGUAUGAUAAAGAUGAUCAAAUUAAUAAAAACUGACAUUAUAUAGAGAGGUAUUGAAGGGUGGGUGCCAAGCACCCACCCUUCAAUAUAGUGACGUCAUUUGUUUACUCUUGAACAUCUCCAAAGAAUCAAACAUUUCUGCUACUUUGAGCUCAGUUUCAAGGUACUUUUUGUAAGUAAUGCAGUAGUAUGCAUAACAGUAAAUCUUCUAUUUUGUGUGAAUAAAAAUCCCAAAUGGUAAUAAAUAAUAAAUACUACUGUCCUGCCAAGUGAAUGUAAAACGAAAGCCUGUAAUUGUUUUACAAGAUGGUAGGAUUGCUGGUGUCUUGCCUGUCUCAUAAAUAUGCAAGAUUACAGGUACGUCUUGCUACUUCUACUUACAGUUAGGUCACAUUACACAUACAUGUACUCAUUUAUUUAUACACACUCAUCUGAGUUUUCUUUGAUUUUAUCUUAAUAGUUCUUGUUCUUAUUACUUUUCCUUUUAUAUCCAUGGGAAGUGGAAGAAGAAGCUUUCCUCUGUAAGCCAUGCGUGUUGUAAAAGUCAACUAAAAUGCCGGGAACAAUGGGCUUGUAACCCUUUUUCCUGUAAUGAUUACUAAAAAGAAUAAGAAGAAGAAAAUUGUCAAAGUGGGAUGUCUGAAUGUGCGUGAAUGUUGUGCGAAUGAUAAGAAAGAGAUGAUUGUGGAUGUUAUGAAUGAGAAGAAGCUGGACGUCCUGGCUAAAGGGAAUGGGAGAAUUUCGGUGGAGAGAAAUAAAUGGGAUUAGGCCAGGGGUUUCAAAUAGAGUUAAAGCUAAAGAAGGAGUAGCAAUAAUCUUGAAGGAUAAGCUAUGGCAGGAAAAGAGGGAGUAUAAAUGUAUUAAUUCAAGGAUUAUGUGGAGUAAAAUAAAGGUUGGAUGUGAAAAGUGGGUUAUAGUAAGUGUAUAUGCACCUAGAGAAGAGAGAAGUGUAGAGGAGAGAGAGAGAGAUUUUGGGAAAUGUUGAGUGAAUGCAUGGGGAGUUUUGAACCAAGUGUGAGAGUACUUGUGGCUGGGGAUUUCAAUACUAAAUUGGGUAAAAAUGUUGUGGAGGGAGUAGUAGGUAAAUUUGGGGUGCCAGGGGUAAAUGAAAAUGGGGAGCCUUUAAUUGAGCUAUGUGUAGAAAGAGGUUUUGUAAUAAGUAAUACAUAUUUUAUGAAACAGAGGAUAAAUAAAUAUACAAGAUAUGAUAUAGCACAUAAUGUAAGUAGUUUGUUAGAUUAUGUAUUGGUGGAUAGAAGGUUGAUGGGUAGGCUCCAGGAUGUACAUAUUUAUAGAGGGGCAACUGAUAUAUCACAUCAUUAUUUAUUUGUAGUUACAGUUAGAGUUAGAGGUAGAUGGGACAAGAGGAAAAUGGCAACAACAAAUAAGAGAGAGGUGAAAGUGUAUAAACUAAGGGAGGAGGAAGUUUGGGUGAGAUAUAAGCAUCUGUUGGCAGAAAAGUGGGCUAGUGCAAGUAUGAGUAGUGGGGGGGGUUGAAGAGGGUUGGAAUAGUUUUAAAAAUGCAGUACUAUUAGAAUGUGGGGCAGAAAUUUGUGGUUAUAGGAGGGCGGGUGCAGGAGGAAAGAGGAGUGAGUGGAGGAAUGAUGAAGUAAAGGGUGUGAUAAAAGAGAAAAAUGUAGCUUAUGAGAGGUUUUUACAAAGCAGAAGUGUUAUAAGAAGAGCAGAGUAUAUGGAGAGUAAAAGAAAGGUGAAGAUAGUGGUGAGAGAGUGCAAAAGGAGAGCAGAUGCUAGAGUGGGAGAGGCACUGUCAAGAAAUUUUGAUGAAAAUAAGAAAAAGUUUUGGAGCGAGUUAAACAAGUUAAGAAAGCAUAGGGAAUGAAUGGAUUUCUCAGUUAAAAACAGAUGGGGAGAUGGAGGUAUUGGGUAGAUGGCAGGAAUAUUUUGAGGAACUUUUAAAUGUUGACGAAGAAAGGGAGUCAGUAAUUUCAUGCAUUGGCCAGGGAGGUAUACCAUCUUUUAGGAGUGAAGAAGAGCAGGAUGUGAGUGUGGUGGAGGUGCUUGAGGCAUUAUGUAGAAUGAAAGGGGGUAAAGCAGUUGAACUGAUGGGAUCAUGACAGAAAUGUUAAAAGCAGGGGAGAAUAUAGUGUUAAGAGUGGUUGAUAUUUUUGUUUAAUAAAUGUAUGAAAGAGGGGAAGGUACCUAGGGAUUGGCAGAGAGCAUGUAUAGUCCCUUUAUAUAAAGGGAAGGGGGACAAAAGAGAUUGUAAAAAUUAUAGAGGAAUUAGUUUACUGAGUAUACCAGGAAAAGUGUACGGUAGGGUUAUUAUUGAAAGAAUUCGAGGUAAGACAGAAUGUAGGAUUGUGGAUGAGCAAGGAGGUUGUAGAGUGAGUAGGGGAUGUGCAGAUCAAGUAUUUACAUUGAAGCAUAUAUGUGAACAGUAUUUAGAUAAAGGUAGGGAAGGUUUUAUUGCAUUUAUGGAUUUAGAAAAGGCAUAUGAUAGAGUGGAAAGGGGAGCAAUGUGGCAGAUGUUGUAAGUAUAUGAAAUAGGUGGUAAGUUACUAAAUGCAGUAAGGAGUUUGUAUGUUGCUAGUGAGGCUCAGGUUAGGGCAUGUAGAAGAGAGGGAGACUACUUCCCGGUAAAAGCAGGUCUUAGACAGGGAUGUGUAAUGUCACCGUGGUUGUGUAAUAUAUUUAUAGAUGGGUUCAGAUUAAAUUAUGGGGAAUCAAAUACAAAAUGUGAAUUGACACUGUUACUUUUUGCAGAUGAUACUGUGCUUAUGUGAGAUUGUAAAGAAAAAUUGCAAAGGUUAGUGGACGAGUUUGGGACAGUGUGUGAAGGUAGAAAGUUGAAAGUGAACAUAGAAAAGAGUAAGGUGAUGAGGGUAUCAAAUGAUUUAGAUAAAGAAAAAUUGGAUAUCAAAUUGGACAAGAGGAGUAUGGAAGUGGAUGUUUUCAGAUAUUUGGGAGUUGACGUGUCAGCGGAUGGAUUUAUGAAGGAUGAGGUUAAUUCAUAGAAUUGAUGAAGGAAAAAAGGUGAGUGGUGCAUUGAGGUGUAAGUGGAGACAAAAAAUGUUAUCUAUGGAGGCAAGGAAGGGAAUGUAUGAAAGUAUAGUGGUACCAACACUCUUAUAUGGGUGUGAAGCUUGGGUUGUAAAUCUGCAGCGAGGAGAUGGUUGGAGGCAGUGGAGAUGUCCUGUCUAAGGGCAAUGUGUGGUGUAAAUAUUAUGGAGAAAAUUCAGAGUGUGGAAAUUAGGAGGUGUGGAGUUAAUAAAAGUUUUAGUCAGAGGGCAGAAGAGGGGUUGUUGAGGUGGUUUGGUCAUUUAGAGAGAAUGGAUCCAAGUAGAAUGACAUGGAGAGUGUAUAAAUCUGUAGUGGAAGGAAGGCGGGGUAGGGGUCAUCUUCAAAAAGGUGGGAGGGAGGGGGUAAAGGAGGUUUUGUGGGCGAGGGGCUUGGACUUCCAGCAAGCAUGCAUGAGUGUGUUAGAUAGGAGUGAAUGGAGACAAAUGGUAUUUGGGACCUGACUAGCUUUUGGAGUGUGAGCAAGGUAAUAUUUAGUGAAGGGAUUCAGGGAAACCGGUUAUUUUUAUAUAGCUGGACUUGAGUCCUGGAAAUGGGAAGUACGAUGCCUGCACUUUAAAGGAGGGAUUUGGGAUAUUGGCAGUUUGGAGGGAUAUGUUAUGUAUCUUUAUACAUAUAUGCUUCUAAACUGUUGUACUCUGAGCACCUCUGCAAAAGCAGUGAUUAUGUGUGAGUGAGGUGAAAGUGUUGAAUGAUUAUGAGAGUAUUUUCUUUUUUGGGAUUUUUUGUCUUUUUGUGUCACCCUGCCUUGGUGGGAGACGGCCGACUUGUUAAAAAAAAAAAAAUAAUAAUAAUAAUAUUAUGUAUAAUAAUAAUACAUGUACAGUAUAAUAAUAAUAAUGCAUGUGAAGUAUAAUAAUAAUGUAUACUAUAAUAAUAAUUAUAAUAGACGGCUUCGAAGGGCCGUCACUAGAUGGCAGUGAAUACCACAAUAAUGCGGGAGCGAUUAUGGCCGCCUCCACUUGUCACAUAAUGACAUAUUUUAUUCAUUCUAGAGUAUAUAUCAGAUUUCUGUGUUAUUUAUAUUGUUUAUUAUGUCAUACUAGAUGAAUUGUCAUAGAUAAAUAAGCUGUAGAGUUGAUAUUAGGGAAAUUAUUGAAGUACAGUGGAACCUCAAAUAUCGAACUUUCUUCAGUCCAGAAGGCUGUUCGAGUGCCUUUACCGAAUGAAUUUAUUCCCAUCAGGAAUAAUGUAAAUUAGAUUAGUCCAUUUCAGACCCUCAAAAAUACACUUAUAAAAGCACUUACAAAAAUACACUUACAUAAUUGCUUGUGUUGGGAGCAGUUCGAUUUUUGAGGUUCCACUGUACAGAAUUCCACUGGAAUGGAUUAAUUCCAUUUCAUUUAAUUUAAAUGAGGAAAAUUGACUCUGCAGACAAGCAAAUCCAGGUGUGAGCAAGGUCAUGGAACGGAUUAAACUCACAAGCAGAGUUUCCAUUGUAUAAAUAUCCAUAUUUUUUUUUUUAAAGUGAGAGAGAGAGUGACAGCAUUUAUGAGUAAAGACAUAAGAAAGGAGUGUUUUCUGAAAUUUUCCCAGUUGUAUGUGUAGGUUUUCUCAAGUGUUCUCUACAUGGUGAGCACAUCAUAUGUGCGACAUAUAGGAGGGCCUCGAAUAACAUCGCUUUGUUCAGUGUCGUUUCAUUAUAACAUUGAGAAAAAAAAAUUGAACACAAUGGAUACAGAUUAAUGUAAAAUAAAAAUUGGUGAAGUAUACGAUAAUCAUACAAAUGCAUGACAAUCAACAAUGCAGUAUGAAAGCACUCAGCGAUCCCGCCAUAUUUGUUUGUUUCUAGAACUGCAUGGUGGUAGGAGGUGCUCCUUACAAUUUUUGCUUUGCAGACAUUUAUUCCUUGAUUUAACCUUGUUGCAAUGAGUGCUAAAGGUUCACUGUGUGCCCCUGAUGUCUGUGGUCACCAAAAAAAAAAAAGUGUGACAUUAGAAACAAAACUAGCCUUUGGUAAAUUGGCUUAUUAUUUCUUUGUACAGUGAUCCCUCAACAAUUGUAAGGCUCAAUAGUCAUAAUUUUUGAAAAUCAUAACAUUAUUUUCGUCAAAACAUUGGCUCAUGAAUUGUCGUUUGACUCGCAAAUAGCAGUUCGUCUGGGACGCGUACACACAGCCCCGAGCCACCUCACACUCCAUUCCCAGCCAGUGUGCCAUUGUUUAUCAGUGAGUGAGGAUGAUCCCACGAGUUCAUACGAUACAUUUCAUAAUAUUCCAUUUGUUGUAGUGCUUGCAACUGUGGCUCCAAAGAAAGCUUCUAGUGCCAGCCCUUUGGUAAAGAAUGUGAGAAACACAUUGUAGAAAAACACAUUGUAGAGAAACAGAUUGUAGAAAAAUAUGAAGGUGGUGGUAGAGUGGAAGCAGAUGUGAUAGUGGUAGAGGGUGGUAGUGAUGGUGGUAGAGGGUGCUAGCAGUUGUGAUAGUGGUAGAGGGUGCUAGCAGUUGUGAUAGUGGUAGACGGUGCUAGCAGUUGUGAUGGUGGUAGAAGGUGGUAGUGAUGGUGGUAGAGAGUGCUAGCAGUUGUGAUAGUGGUAGAGGAGGGUAGUGAUGGUGGUAGAGGGUGCUAGCAGUUGUGAUAGUGGUAGAGGAUGUGUAGUGAUGGUGAUAGAAGGUGGUAGUGAUGGUGGUAGCAGUUGUGAUAGUGGUAGAAGGUGUUAGUGAUGGUGGUAGAGGGUGCCUUCUUCAGUGAUUCAGCGAUUCUACCAAGUCCUCCAAUGUUGUUGGAGUUAUGUAGGGCUACAGAAAACACCGCCGCCUCAACUGCUGCUUCAUCACCAUUAUGGAUGGCUUAAUCACAGUGGCCCUUAUACACCCAACAACAACACAACACAACACACCUCUUGUGACAUACAUAAUGACUUAUUUUAUUCAUUCUAGAGUAUAUUCCAUGUUUCUAUGUUAUUAAUAUUGUUUAUUAUGUCAUAUUAGUUGAAUUGUGAUAGAUAAAUAAGCCGUAGAGUUGAUAUUAUUGUCAUAUUCUCCAACAAUAAACUCGCCUCCCCUCCUUCUGCCAUACACCAACAAAAGUCUUAAAUAAAAGGUAAGUGUGAUGUUAAGUGUUCAUUUAUACAUUUUAUUAGUGCUUUACAUUUAUUUGGCAUUCUUUUCUGCAUGUAAAUCUAUAUUUAAGCUAGGAAAGUGACCCCUGAAGUGACCUAGAGUCCUUAUGGAGGAGGAUUCCCCUUCCAAACAGUAACCUCCCUCCCCUCUCUCCUCCUCCCUGUCUUCCAUUCAUCAACAACAGCUUUCAAUAAAGGUAACUGUCAUGUUGAAUAUUCAUUCUUUUGUGCAUGUAAACCUAUCUUUAAAGUAAAAAAAAAAAUAUUGUUGUUGAAACUUCUGGGUGUCUGGAAUGAAUUAAUUGGAUUUACAUUAUUUCUUAUGGGAAAAAUGGAUUUGAAAAUCGUCAAUUUCGAUAAUAGUCACACUUCCAGGAACGGAUUAAUUACGAAAAACGAGGGGCCACUGUUCAUCAUUUCGCUUUAAGUCACAGUUUCCAAGAACCUAUCAACAGUGUUAAGUGAAGACUUACUGUACAUGCACAAGCAGGAGGACACACUGAACUGCCUUCCCAUUACACUCCUCAAUAUAUGUCCUUUUUUUUUUUCAAUUCUGCUGUCUGUAUUACAUUUUAAUGAUGUUUACCAUAAUUACUUAUUUUCAUCAAGCCUUUUAACCCUUAAACUGUCCAAACAGAUCUACGUUCACAUGCGUAGUGCUCCAAAAGUAGAUCUAUGUUUUUUUACACAUUUUCAAAUGUAAAAAAAAAAAAAAAGAAGGUCUACGUUUUUUACAUAUAGUGGACCCCCGGUUAACGAUAUUUUUUCAUUCCAGAAGUAUGUUCAGGUGCCAGUACUGACCGAAUUUGUUCCCAUAAGGAAUAUUGUGAAGUAGGUUAGUCCAUUUCAGACCCCCAAACAUAUACAUACAAAUGCACUUACAUAAAUACACUUACAUAAUUGGUCGCAUUGGGAGGUGAUCGUUAAGCGGGGGUCCACUGUACUUGCAAAUGUUGAAAAAACAUAGAUCAACGUUUGGACAGUUUAAGCGUUAAAGGUGAAAUAAUAAAAAUGUAAAUAAUAGCAUAAAUAUACUUCAUUUUAACCCUUUGACUGUUUCAGUCGUAUAUAUACGUCUUACGAGGUACCGUGUUUGACGUAUAUAUACUCAUAAAUUCUAGCGGCUUCAAAUCAAGCAGGAGAAAGCUGGUAGGCCCACAUGUAAGAGAAUGGGUCUGUGUGGUCAGUGUGCACCAUAUAAAAAAAAUCCUGCAGCAUGCAGUGCAUAAUGAGAAAAAAAAACUCGACCAUUUUUUUUUUAAUUAAAAUGCCGACUUUGUGGUCUAUUUUCGUAUAGUAUUUAUGGUUGUAUUCUUGUUUUCUUGGUUUCAUUUGAUAGAAUGGAAAACAUAUUAUAGAAAUAGAGGUGAUUUUGAUUGGUUUUACUAUAAAAAGAACCUGGAAAUGGAGAUCAAAGUAGGGGAAAUGUUUGAUUUUUGCCAAUGUUCAAAAGUAAACAAAUGAUGUCAUUGUGCAAUAAAUGUCCAACUAGCCAUUCUGAUAUGCAGUCAUGAAUGGAUUGACAUUAUUUGCACAAUUAUUACAGUAGUCUGCAUAACAGUGAAUCUUCUAUUUUUUGUUUGAAUAAAAAUUCAAAAUAGAAAGCAAGAGUAAUAUCAGAGGAGCCUGGAGAUGUGACUGAUGAAGAAAGAAAAUGUUAUUUUAGAGCCAGGAACAUCUGCAUUGUUCAUUAUGGAUCUUAUUUUGAAAUUGUCAUAUUUUUUUUAAUUUUCAUGAAAUUGGCCAAAUUGCAAAUUUCUGACCACGUUAUUGGGUAGUUGUAAUUGGUAAAUGGGCAGUUUCUUGUACUCAAUCGAUAGAAAAAACAGAGUUCUAAAGAAAUAGCUAUGAGUUUUGUUGACUGGAACAAUGGAAUUAGCCAAAAAUAGGGCUCAAAGUGGGCGAAAUCGCCGAUUUGUAAAUAUCACCGAGGUUACUAACUUUGCGAGAGCAUAAUUCCGUCAGUUUUCCAUCAAAUUUCGUUUUUUUUUUUUUUGGUGUCAUUACAAUCGGGAAAAGAUUCUCUAUCAUUUCAUAAGAAAAAAUAAUUAGGAGUUACGACAGUCAAGGGGUUAACAUGAGAUAUUGAUCACAACUGCACCCCAUAUCAACUCAUAUUGCAAUAAACACUGCAGCAAACUCCCUCCUGUCUGCAAGAAAGUUUCACAUAUUUUGUAACAAUGUCAGAUGGUGGUUUUCAUCAAUUUAACCCUUUGACUGUUUCAGGCCCCUCUCUGAAACUGUCAUUCUAUGUCGCUCAAUUUUUGAAAAAAAAAAAUUAUUUUUUCUUAUGAAAUGAUAGAGAAUCUUUUCCCGAUGGUAAUGACACCAAAAGUUCGAAAUUUGGUCGAAAUCUCGUGGAAUUAUGCUCCCGCGAAGUUAGCGGUCUCGGCGACAUAUGCGUAUCGGCGAUUUCGCCGACUUUGAGCCCAAUUUUCAGCCAAUUCCAUUGUUCCAGUUGACGAAACUCAUAGCUAUUUCUUUAGAACUCCAUUUUAUCUAUCAGCUGAGUACAAGAAACCUCCCAUUUACUAAUUUGGACUACCCAAUAUGGUGGUCAGAAAUUGGCAAUUUGGCCAAUUUCACGCAAAAUAAAAAAGAUGCCAAUUUCAAAAUAGGGUCCAGAAUAAACAAGGUAGACAUUCGUGGCACUAAAAUAACAUAUGCUCUGUUCAUUAGUCACAUCUCUAGGCCCCUCUUAUAUUAUUAUUGCUUUUAAUUUUGAUUUUUUAUUCAUACAAAAAAAUACAAAAUUUACUGUUAUGCAGACGACUGCAUUAUUGUAAAAAUGGUAUAAAUAAUAUCAGUCCACUAGUGAAAGAAUAUUAGACACCCCAGUUGACGUGUAUUGGACGUGUGGUAUGAUUUAUUUACUCUUGAACAUUGGUAAAAAUCGAACAUUUCCGCUACUUUGAGCUCAGUUUCAAGGUCGUUUUCAUCGUAAAAGUAAUGAAAAUCAUCUCCAUUUCUGUAAUAUGUUUUCCAUUUUAUCACCUAAGACCAUGAAAACGCGAAUACAACGAUAAAUACUAUACGAAAAUACACCUCAAAGUCGGCGUUUUAUUCCAAAAAAACGAUCAGAGUUUUUUUUUUCUCAUUACGCAAUGUGUGCUGCAGGAUUUUUUUUAUGUGGUGCACACUGACCACACAGACCCAUUCUCUCACAUGUGGGCCUACCAGCUUUCUCCCACUUGAUUUGAAGCCGCUAGAAUUAUUGAGUAUAUAUACGUCAGAAACAUUGGCUCGUAAGACGUAUUUAUACGUCGAAAACAGUCAAAGGGUUAACAAUUAAAAAUCCAUAAAAAAUUACCAAAAUUUCAAUAAUUACCCAAGAAUAUAUUACUAAUGACAUCAUCAUAUCAAAUGUCAUAAUUGCAAUAAUGCAUAUUUAGAAAUAUGGUAAAACAAUGAGAUGUGCACCAAUAUUUUACCAGAUUUUAGGACUAUUUUUGUUAACCCUUUGACUGUUGCAAGCCCCUUUCUGAAAUUGUCAUUCUAUCUCACAAAAUUAGAGAAUCUUUUCCCGAUGGUAAUGACACCAAAAGUACAAAAUUUGGUCGAAAACUCACGGAAUUACACUCCCGCAAAGUUAGCAAUCUCGGCAACAUAUACGUAUCGGCGAUUUCGCCGACUUUGAGCCCUGUUUUUGGCCAAUUCCGUUGCUUCGGUUGACCAAAGUCAUAGCUAUUUCUUUAGAACUCCAUUUUUUCUAUCAGUUGCAUACAAGAAACUGCCCAUUUACCGAUUUCAACUACCCAGUAAAGUGGUCAGAAAUUGGCAAUUUUGCCAAUUUCAUGCAAAUUAAAAAAGAUGCCAAUUUCAAAAUAGGGUCCAGAAUAAACAUUGUACACAUUCUUGGCACUAAAAUAACAUAUCCUCUGUUCAUUAGUAACGUCUCUAGGCCCCUCUUAUAUUACUAUUGCUUUCUAUUUUGAUUUUUUAUUCAUACAAAAAAUACAAAAUUUACCAUUGUAAAAAUGGUAUAAAUAAUAUCAGUGCACUAGUGAAAGAAUAUCAGACUCCCCAGUUGACGUGUAUUGGACGUGUGGUGUGAUUUGCUUACUCUUGAACUUUGGUGAAAAUUGAACAUUUCCACUACUUCGAGCUCAAUUUCAAGGUUGUUUUCAUCGUGAAACUAAUCAAAAUCAUCUCUACUUCUGUAAUAUGUCUUCCAUUUUAUCAUGUGAGACCAUGAAAAUGAGAAUACAACGAUAAAUACUAUAUGAAAAUACACCUCAAAGUCGGUGUUUUAAUCCAAAAAAAUGGUCAGUUUUUUUCUCAUUAUGCACUGCGUGCUGCAGGAUUUUUUUUAUGUGGUGCACACUGACCACACAGACCCAUUCUCUCACAUGAGGGCUUACCAGCUUUCUCCUGCUUGAUUUGAAGCCGCUAGAAUUUACGCGUAUUAAUACGUCCGAAACGGUGGCGCAUAAGACGUAUGUAUAUGACCAAAACAGUCAAAGGGUUAAACUUUUCUUCUUCUUCUUCUUCUUCUUCUUCUUCUUCUUCUUCUUCUUCUUCUUCUUCUUCUUCUUCUUCUUCUUCUUCUUCUUCUUCUUCUUCUUCUUCUUCUUCUUCUUCUUUCUUUCUUUCUUUCUUUCUUUCUUUCUUUCUUUCUUUCUUUCUU